GGAACGCGCACUCAAAACCCAUCAGCGUGUCGCAUCGCGAGAUUUAACCUAUAAACGUACGCAGCACAUGACUUCGCACGGUCUGGCAAAAUUUUUCGUUGGUGAUUAGUGAUGUGAAGAGAUGUGCAAGAUGACUGUUUACCAGUGGCUGGUUUUAUUCGGGCUGCUGCUUAAAGGUACAGUGGAUGUCUUCGCUCUGAAGGACGUCGUUUUAACUAUCAGGCCACAGAUAGUGGAGAGGUCGGGUUAUGCCACCCUGAUGUGCUCCUACGAUCUGGAAGGGGCGAGCUUGUACUACGUCAAGUGGUACAGGGGGAAAUACGAAUUUUAUAGAUACACGCCGAGCGAGAAGACAAAGACGAAGCUCUUCCCGCUGGGAGGGAUCAAUGUUAAUGUGGACCGCUCCAACAGCACUCAAGUUGUUCUUACCGAUAUAGAGUUCCAACUUUCAGGAAACUUCAGUUGUGAAGUAACGACUGCAGACGAACCAGUUUCCACUGAAACGGCUGUACAGAACAUGGUAGUCGUACAGCUGCCCGAAUCUCCCCCGACAAUAAGCGUAGGGCGUGAACCCCUAGACUACGGAGACACCCUGCGUGCAAAUUGCUCCUCGCCGCCCUCACGACCUGCCGCCAGGCUCAAGUUUAUCCUAAACGAGUUACCGGUGGCCUUUUCCGAAGAUUUCUCUCCCCGCUCGUCCCAGGAGACCCGCUGGAGCGACCUCCCCCUCGAGCUUCUCUUGCAGGAACACCACUUCAACCGUGGCAAGCUCGUCCUGCGGUGUGUGGCCCAGAUCCUCGACGUUUACCACGAAGAGGCCGUCCUCGAGCUAACCAGCGCCCGCAACCCCGUCCCCGAAAAAGUGAGCGCCCUCGAUUCUGCCCCAGCCACAUUCUGCCAGCCGGGCCUGCUGGUCGGAGCGCUGUUUUUUAUCGGCCGGUUUUAGGCAAAGCGUAAUUUUGGUGGUUGCUGGUGUCAUGUCGUGGAACCCGGGGGAUUCUGACGUUAUCGGGCUGAAAUUUGGCUUGUCAAUCACUGUCGGCCGGUGUCUCAGUUGAGAAUAACUCAAUUACGGGAAGUGGAUUAUUUUUCGGGGUUUUAAUGUAAUAAUUAAUACUGUGCCUUGUCGGUUUGAGCGGAAUUUCUUGCUUCGGGAUGAAAAUUUUGCUCUGAUUUUCUGCGGUUUCAUCUUUGACGUUAACGGAAUGUGAGGCAGGGUGACACUUGUUUGUUCAUGAGAGACAGAAUGGAAGGAAAAUAAAUCUUGUUUGUUUUUUAAUUAAACAAAACCUCUAUCGUAUUUUAUUCUCCUAGAUCCUCAAAUGAGUUUCUGAGGAUCUGUUAAAUCUCGACGGUUAUCUCCGAAGCUAUUACUUUUUUUCUCCGAGUCUUGUUUGUGUUAAAGAUACCCAAAUAAUUAUUUGAUGAGUAAAAGUUCGUGUGGAGAGAUUUUAUUACUCUAUUUUAAUUCACUAUUUGAAUUCUAAAACAUUUUUAAAAUAAUUUCAUAUUAUCGAGAUUAAUUUCGGACUUCAAUGGAGUUCAAAUUGAUUUAAUUAACUGUUAAUCUCUUCUCUCAUAUUAUUUAGCGAGAAUAACUAUGGACUAAAAUCUAUCCAUCAAAUAGAUGUAGCUCCCUGGUGACAUUAUGACGUCAGUUAGUUAAUUACGUCAUUACGUUUAAUAGUAGCGCGAUUCGACGCAGAUUAACUUCUCCGGCUACUGAUUCGAUCAGGUUGAAAAUGAGGUGGUUUUCGUAAAGUAUAAAGCUCAGUUCUGCAAAUCCUGUUAGUACAGGUUAGGUCAGGUCAGGUCAGGUCAAAUCAGGUCAAGUCAGGUCAACUCAGGUCAACUCAGGUCGUUCAAGUCAAGUCAAAUCAAGUUUGAUAUGUGUAUGUUUUAUGAUUUUUUACUGUAAACUGUAAAUAAUGUAAAUUAUAUACUCUUGGCCUAGGACAAUUUUCUUAGCUUCUUCGCGACAAAAAUAACGUAUCACGCACAAAAAAUGCUCAAGCAACCCAAAUUUAUUUUUUUUUAUUUUGAAAUCAGGCAAGGGUGACAAAUACGGGUUGCCGUCUUUUAUUCAGUUGUGCCGAGGUUCAUCAUAUUCUGGUGGCAGCGGUGGGAUCAAAUUGGCAAUCGGUCCGAAAUAAAACUGACUAAAAAUAAAACGCCAUUAAGUAGGUUUAUUGAAGAGAGUGCCACCAAGUGGAUAGGUCAAAUUAGACGUCUCCUUUUUGUUUUGAAUUUACAUUUUCAGAACAAAAAGAGCAAAAAUUAGCUUUUUGUAGUCCAUAAGUUGUUCUUGCGGUUAACAGAUAUGAGGGAUGAUCACACUGUGGAAACUCACGUUACGUUAAUCGAAUGAUCAAACAAGCGUCUCUACACCAAAUUUAAGAAAAUAUUUUGCGUAAGAAUCACUAAAAAUGUUUUCUGGUAAAACAACGAAAGUCACUUCGGGGUUUAUAAUUUAAUUUGCUAAAUUAUUCAAGGGCGUACAUAAUUUUCGUUUCUGUUUUACAUGGCAAAAUAUUGCAAAAUUCAUUGUGAUUAAAAUAAAGCUGAUAACAAUACGAGCGUCAGACUGAUCUCAUGAAAUAAUAAAUUUCCGUCUGUUUUCGUCCAACGACACAAUCAUGUUGCAACACGACAACUAUUAUUCUAGUAACUAUUUUUCAAUCAGGCAUUAGCCUGUCUGGUUUUUUAAUCUACUAUUAAACUUGAAUGCUCAGCGAUUUGGUUCAACUAGCUUUUCACGUAACCGCUUUAAACUGUUUUUGAACGACGCAACUACUCGUAAAACGAACCAAAUUUUGGCAUUAAACGGACAAACCAAAAUACAUCCGAUCUCUAUCCGUCGUCGUAAUUAUCGCACCACUACAUGUAUAUCUGUUGCUUUUUCCAAUAAAUGAAUGUCAAACACAUCCGUCGAUUGCCGUGCAGAGGCUUUAAACCUCCUUUGUUGUAAAGCAGUGGGAUUUAUGACACCAGCAACACAACCCUAGUGUAAGUUUUAUGUACUUUUAUACAACCAAAUCUGUAAAUUUUCACGAAAUGCUAGACACUUGGAACGGACAAUCCACUUCGUGAAGAAUUUCCGCUGUACCCACUGUACGUCCGUUUUCAGUUGACAAUUGGAAAGUGUUAUCUGUGAUAUAAUGAUAUAAUAAAAUCGUUAUGUUU